AUGCCUGUCGAUUUCGUUGCAAAUGUAAUAUGGGGGAAGGUUACCUGGCUCCCUAGUCUUUGGACUAUGGCCAAGGUAGUACCAGCUGUCCUUGUCAUUGUUCUGGUGAAGCUAUUCUCUGCGGGAGUGAAGAACUCUUCGGAGAGGAAGAUGCAUGGGAAAGUGGUUCUGGUAACAGGAGGGACGUCUGGGAUAGGAGCUGCAGCAGUUCUGGAUCUAGCAUCACGAGGAGCGCAGAUAGUUCUUCUCACACGUCAAUCUCCAACAGAUAUGUUCCUUGUCGACUACAUCGAGGACUUGCGGGAAAGAUCCGGAAACGAAUUAAUUUACGCCGAACAAGUCGACCUGUCAUCAUUGUACAGCGUUCGAAAGUUUGCUACGAAAUGGAUUAACAACGCACCGCCUCGGCGACUGGAUAUGAUUUUACUGUGUGCUGCGACACUCACACCUCCUGGCAGACCUCGCGUUACAACAGCAGAGGGUAUUGAAGAAACCUGGAUGGUAAAUUACUUGGCAAAUUUUCACCUCUUGAGUAUUCUCAGUCCUGCGAUUCGCGCUCAACCACCGGAUCGAGAUGUGCGAAUUAUAUUUACAACUUGUUCCUCUUAUAACAAGAGUCCCACUGUUGGAGAUGGUAGUGAUGCGAUGAAGAAGAAGGAUUGGAGUCCUUCUGCGGCAUAUGCCAGAAGUAAGAUGGCAUUGAUGAUAUUUGGACAAGCUUUUCAGAAGCACCUCGAGUCAUACAAACGACCUGAUGAAGCGAUCAUGAACGCGCGAGUGAUAUUUGUGGAUCCGGGAUAUUGUCGUACACCAGGAUUCAGAAGAUGGUUCUCGCGGGGUACAUUGUGGGGACUGGCAUUAUAUGUCAUGUUAUGGCAGAAUGUUUGGCUUCUACUGAAGAGCUCUCAAGGGGGUGCACAGAGUAUCGCGUAUGCCGCUAUGGAAGCAGCAUUAGGAAGAGGGCCUGGUGGAAAGCUCAUUAAAGAGUGCAGUGAAAUAGAUUUCACUACAUCUGAUGUUAAGGACGAGAAGAUUGCAAAGAAGUUGUGGGAGGGAAGUGAGAAGUUGAUCGAAAGAGUCGAGAGAGAGGAAGCUGUCAAAAGAGCUUUGGAGAAGAAGGAAAAGGAGGCGGCGGAAAAGGCGAAUGGAUCAAGUGAGAAGCCAUCUGACAGCCCCGAAACUACAGAAAAAGCGAUGGAGAACUCCAAAGGAAAAUCCCGAAGGCAACGUAAGGCGAAGUGA